GGGGAGGGUGGUUGAUCCUGUUGACUCCAAAGCCAAUGUUGAGCAUCCACAAACAGAUGAUCAAGAAGCUCAGAAGGAGCUUGAUGCUGGUGCCCUCUUUGUCCUCAAAUCCAAAGGAUCAUGGUGGCACUGUGGGUACCACUUGACGACGUCGGUGGUGGCGCCGCCGCUUCUGAGCCUGCCGUUCGCGUUCGCGUUCCUGGGAUGGGCGGCCGGAAUCAGCUGCCUAGUCGUCGGCGCCGUCGUGACCUUUUACAACUACAACCUGAUGUCACUUGUUCUAGAGCGGAAUGCCCAAAACGGGCGGCGGCUUCUCCGCUUCCGUGACAUGGCUACCCAUAUCUUAGGACGAAGAUGGGGCAAAUACUAUGUUGGCCCAAUCCAAUUGCUAAUAUGCUAUGGCGCAGUCAUCGGCAAUACUUUGCUGGGAGGACAGUGUCUCAAGACAAUUUAUAUGCUGUCAAAUCCAAACGGGGACAUGAGACUGUAUGAAUUUGUGGGUAUGCUUGGGCUGGUGACGUUGGUGUUGGCCCAAAUCCCAUCUUUUCACUCCUUGAGACACGUAAACUUGGUUUCUUUGCUGCUAAGCCUUUCUUAUAGUGCCUGCGCCACGGCGGGUUCCAUCUAUAUUGGAGUUUCAUCGAAAGGGCCAAAUAAGGAUUACAGUGUGAGUGGGGAUAAGGAAACACGUAUUUUUGGCAUAUUUAAUGCUGUAGCUAUCAUCGCCACUACCUACGGCAAUGGCAUCAUUCCUGAGAUUCAGGCAACAUUGGCUCCACCAGUGAAAGGGAAGAUGUUGAAAGGACUUUGUAUUUGUUACGCAGUAGCGACCGCAACUUUCUUCAGUGUCGCCAUUUCUGGCUAUUGGGCAUUUGGGAACAAGUCCAAGGCUAUAAUCCUCAGCAACUUCACUGCAACUACACAUGAUAAUAACAAUUAUUUUUUGGUUCCCAAAGCUUUCGUUUUAAUCACCAACCUGUUCGCCAUUUUGCAACUCUCUACUGUGGCUGUGGUAUACAUGCAGCCAAUAAAUGAGUUGUUAGAAAGAAGGUUUGGGGAUCCUAAGAGUGAAGAAUUCUCUACCAGAAAUGUGAUUCCAAGAGUGUUAUCAAGAUCGCUGUCAGUCGCAGUUGCCACCGCAUUAGCUGCUAUACUGCCGUUUUAUGGAGACAUGGCUGCUCUUAUUGGUGCAAUCGGAUUUAUGCCGCUGGACUUUGUGUUACCAGUUGUUUUCUUCAACUUAACGUUCAAACCUUCAAAGAGGAGUGCUGUUUUCUGGCUAAAUGUGGGUAUAGCUGUGGUGUUUUCCAUGGUGGGAAUAAUUGCAACAAUUGCUGC